AUGGGAAGAAGUUUAAAAAUUGCAAUAACGCUCGGCUUUUUAAGUGAAUGUGACCUAGAACCGUUUGAGAGAAAAAUAGACGAAUACCUUAAAAGCCUUCAAAAGAUUAAAGCAGAGAAAGGAAUAAGGCAAAAAAAAGCAAGUCAACUUCUUGAUCGAUACCAGAAGGCUAGCUCUUUGCCGAGCCACAAAACCAAUGUUAGAGCGCAAUUAACCUCUUUGAAUCCUAGGCCAGAUCAAAAAAUUGCAAAAGCUUGGGAAAAAGAACGCACAAGCAAGCAAGUUCAUUUUCACCAACCAAUAAGUGGAACUGUAAAGGGGUCAAUUAAUACAGUUAAUGGAACAAUAAAUGGGGGGAAAGUCGGAACUAUCAAUGAACAAGAAAAUACUCUUCUUAGAAGAACGUCAAGAAAAAUAAACAAAGUGAGUUAUACAGAAAACUCAAAUAGACUAAGUAAUACCAGCAAACGAACUUAUGAAGAAUUACCAGAUGGCGAAUCUGAGAUAUAUGGUGAUGAGGAUGAUGAGAGCGACGAGGAUGACGAGAAAAAACCGAAGUUGGAGAAAAGAUUGAUUGAUGAUUUUGUUUUGAGAUUUAAAGCGAUAAAUACAGAUGAAAAAUGGAAACUUCCUUCAGAUAGAUAUGUAGAAGAUGUCUUGUAUGAUUGGGCAGUGACUCAUCGUUCUGAAACACUCGCACACUCCUUUAUACUCGAUACAGACUGUCAAGAAAUCAUGGAUCUGUUUGAUCUGGAGGAAAAAGAAAUAAUUAUGAAUACCAAUAAAAAAUCUUUUCCAAGUGUACAAGAUGAUAUAAAAAAAAAUGUCAUGAAAUAUCAUAAGAAAAACGUCAGCGAACUUCGGAAAAUCGUUAUGGAACCAUAUUUGAAAGAUGAAGAGGUCUAUAAUCCAAAAUUACAUUAUGAUCUGGAAUGGAUUCACUUAGUUUUCAAUAAAUUUGUUAUUGAAUGGGAACAAGGAGUAAAUGCACUAGCAGAAGAUAAUUUGGAAGCAUGGAUUGUGAGCCACGUAUGGACCUUUAUCAUUGACAUGGCAUUAAAGGACAUUGAAGAAACAAAAAUUGGAAAAUCAGAUGGUGGUUCGUCUGCAUCAAAAAUGCGUAAAAACAAAAAACGAAAAGUUGGAAAAACAAUUAUUCGUGGUAGAAAAAUCGACAUAUUACUAAAAUUUCGCAAUAGCUCAAGAGAAAUAUUAGCUGGAGAAGUAGCAAGAACAGGCGACAUUCAUAAUAAAAAAUAUCUAGGAGAUAGAAUAAAAUUAUUAAAACUUAUGAAAGACAUGCUUGAUAUAAUAAUUGAAUCAAUUCCGCCAACAACAAUUGAUAAUUACAGGAGUCUUUGUACAUUUGGAAUACAACUUUUCAAAAAUAAAGGCACUAUCUAUAUUAUGGACUAUCCUGGAGGCGUUAUUGCACGAUUAACUAAAAAAGCACAAUUAGAAUCACCAAUAUAUAUUGAAGGAAUUUGCGAGUUAAUUUUAUCAAUAAUUACAAUGUUGGAAUUGAAGAAUGCAAUCCGUGGGAUUCUUAAAAUAAUUGAAAAAAUAGAAGAUGACGAAUUAGAGGCCCAAGUUUUCCAGAAAAACAAUUCAGGUGUUCAAUUAUCCCUUGUAGCAACAACACCAACUCCUAGAAGUUCACUUACAAAAAGAAAAAGUGGAUUCGCUAUAGUGUAUCUCGCGGAAUGGUUUGACAAAAGUCACAGAAGUUUACAAAUAUAUGUUGCGCGUAAAUUACCCAAACCAGAAAAUCAGGCAGGAUUGUCAAAGAGAUGA